UUUACUUUUUUGCAGUGGAUCAUAUUUAUAAGUAAGACUCAAUUAUUACUUCUAAAUUCAAACAUGCCACAAAAUGAGCAUAUUGAGCUGCACAGAAAGCGGCAUGGAUAUCGCUUGGAUUUUCAUGAACGUAAGAGAAAGAAGGAGGGCCGAAUGGCCCAUGAUCGCGCAAAGAAAGCCAAGAAAUUAAUCGGCUUGAAGGCGAAGCUGUACAACAAGCAGCGACAUCAUGAAAAGAUUCAGAUGAAGAAGACGCUAAAGAUGCAUGACAAGAGGAACACUAAGCAGAAAGAUAACGAGAAGACACCGGAUGGAGCUGUUCCUGCCUACUUGCUCGACCGUGAGAGCCAGAGUCGAGCUAAAGUUUUGUCGAACAUGAUAAAGCAGAAACGAAAGGAAAAAGCUGGCAAGUGGGAUGUACCGAUCCCGAAAGUCCGAGCACAGAGUGAAGCAGAGGUCUUCCGUGUGGUGACGACUGGGAAGAGGAAGAAA